AUGGAUAGUCAGGCGAUAGACAGAGAGUUGAACGAAAAGAUUCUAUCGCAGAUCAACUGGCGCCAUGGCAUUCUUCCCUCCGGCGACAUAGCGACCGACCCGUGCUUCGUGCUUCAGGAAAUGCCUAUCAUCAAACUCUACGUGCUUGACCAAGCAACAGUACAACCCGUCCUAGUUACCCAAAGCGACUGGACUUUCAACCUUGUCCACUCGGGCGCCGUGUACAAUCUAACCGACGAUUCAACCCUUCGAGCAUUAUCGGAUUGCCAGCUCAUAUUUCACCGACUCGAGAAACCGCACAGGAAAACGUUGCAUAUGUUGAAUUUCGAAACUGUUGCUUGGUUUCGUGUCGACGAUAUUUUACAACCGACAAAAAAGGUCCAGGACGCAUUGGAUGACGCUCUACAGUACUGGCCGAAUGAACCAGCAAAAGCAUGGCAAGGGCUGUGUAAAGUAUGGACAGUGUAUGGUUUCCUGUGGCCUCAGAAGAUCAUGCUCGUCACGACAGCAGAGGAAGGUGCUCAUAUACAGCAUCUUCGACAAGCCCAUGCAAGUGAUGAGGCCACUGCACAGAUGCAAGCAGAAAUAUCUUCUUCCAAUUAUCAUUCAGCAGCGCCAACAACAGAGAUGCACAGAUCACCUUCCGCCGUAACACAACAACAAUCAGACCAGAUGGCGCUUACCCGUGUUGGUGUACCUAAUUCGCCACUGUCUCACAAGUUUCAGGAGCGCUUGCGUGGAUUAGAGUUGGUGGAUGUGUCGGACGACGACGAGACCUUGCAGCAUCAAUGGACCAUCGAAUUGCAAGGGUUGGGACUUGAGCAUGAUGACAUUAUAUCAACGGACAUGGGCCGCAAUGUGGACAUUGAAAUUGGCAGACGAAAGCCUAUUCUGCAUGGAGAUAUCAUUGCGCUGCGCCAAGAUCACAUGCAUCCGGUUUUAGCAAAAGAAGUCGACAUGAUUCGUCCAGGCACAGUAGAGCAGCUGUGGACCGUUGAAAUUGCGAUGCCUGAAGACCUGCAGUACCACCACACUAGUGCAGCGCCGAUAGCUGCUGCUACUUCCACCAUCACCACAGCAGCGACAACAGUAUCUACCGAUCUCGAUCUUCAAAUCGACGAUUCAAGUAAUAGCAACAACAACCACAACGUCAUUCGAAGGAAAAAAAGCCAACACGGUCUUAAAGUAUCGGGUGAUAUCACCAACUUGCGGAAAAAGAAGAGUAUGCAUGACUUUAGACCAUCACGAGAGCAGGACGACCGUGACGCCGUGGUCCAAAUCCAAGCGAUGAUCAGUGCAGAGUCACUUCCAAGGGGCAACACACCCUUGUCAGCACGCAAAGUACGCUCACUCACGGACCUGGUCUACGACCUGGAACGACAACCGACGAUGGAAGACAUUGAAACAUCAGGUUCUUUGUCCUUCCAACCUCCUGGAACCGACACGGUUGACUCGUCACCGGCCCAUCACUAUAACGCGGACGAUUUGGAUGUCUGUGCAAGCGCGCGGGCCGAACAUUUUAUCCGACUCUACGCGUCUCGACAAUAUCGCAAACGGUGGUCGCAUCUGAUCAAGGCAGGGACGUUUUCACGGUUUGGCUCUGAAAAGUAG